AUGAGCGGAAAUCAAGAACAGCAGCAACAACUCCCACCACAACUACCUCAACACUUACCAGAAGAAACUUUAAGACAACUAGUUCAGAAAUUUGAAGAGUAUGUCAAUGAAGCCAGAAGAUUAGGGUUGAAUACCCCUGGGGGACAAGAGUAUAAGAAAAAAGCGCAGAAGUUGAAAAGCAUUUAUGAUAUGUAUGCCAAUAGGCAAGGAACAACCAAUAACAAUCGUACUCAAAACCAACAAAAUUUAUCUCAGGUACCUUCAUCCUCUUCAUCAUAUUCAGCUAAUUCUGGUUCUUCUAUUGGCGAAUUAAUGAAACAGUUACUUACCCCCAGCCAAUUGGAUGAAUAUAACCAAUUAAUUCAACAACAUCAAGAAGCUGAUAAAAAAAUUAAAUCGGAAUAUAAUAAAAUGAAAAAAGAGUUGGAUAUGAUUGUUGAGCAACAGAGGAGCACAGAAAAUGAUCAAUUGGCUCAACAGGAAUUGGCUACUAAAAGACAGGGAAUAACAAACUCAUUAACCAAUUUAACAAACGUUUUCAAAAAACUGAAACAAAAAACUACUGAUGAUAGCUUGAAAUUUUAUAUGAAGUGUGCAAAAAGCAAUGAAAAUUUAAGAACUUUUCUACAAGAAACCCAACAAAGGAAGAGACAACAACAGCAGCAGCAACAACAACAACAACAACAACAACAACAACAACAACAACAGCAACAACAACAACAACAGCAACAACAACAACAGCAGCAGCAACAACAACAGCAACAACAACAACAACAGCAACAACAACAACAACAGCAACAACAACAACAACAACAACAGCAACAGCAACAACCAACUCAAGUCCCAAAUACUCUUACAAAUACAAAUAAAGAAUCUAAUGUAGCAGUAAAAAUACAAAAUACUAAACAAGAAGCUAUCCAGGCUACUAAACAAAAGCAAGAAAUUAGUACUGCACAACCAAAUAGUUCAUCAUCUCCACAGCAGAAUACAACUAAAGUUACUACAGUCAAUGCUGCUGCCUCAACUUCUGCUCUAAAUAAUUCCAAGCCAUAUGCUAUUUUCAAACAAUCCCCGCCAGAUGUGGCAGUAACGGAAAACCUACAUGCUACUGAUUCACCUCCUGUAGUAGAAAUCAAAUCGAAUAGACCUACAAUUACUGGUGGAAGUGCUAUGAACAUUUCUUCUAUAGCCACGCCGGUGCUUACCUCUGUUCCUCCCUAUGAAGUAGAAGGGGAACGUGUCAUGAGUAAAAGAAAACUACGUGAAUUAGUAAAAACUAUUGGGAUUGACGAAGGUGAUGGAUCUACUAGCAUUGAUGGUGAUGUGGAAGAACUAUUAUUAGAUUUGGCCGAUGAUUUUAUAACAAGUGUUACUGCGUUUGCUUGUAGAUUAGCCAAGCAUAGAAAGUCUGAAAAUCUAGAUGUACGUGAUAUCCAAUUGCAUUUAGAACGGAAUUGGAAUAUUAGAGUGCCUGGUUUUAACGCAGAUGAAAUCCGUAGUACUCGUAAAUGGAACCCAACUCCUCAAUAUAACACAAAGGUUACAUCAAUUGCGCAAACUAUGAAACAACAACAUAAUUCAGACACGCAAUCCUCCAUUAACAAUAAUAAUGACACUAGUGGUCAGCAAAGUUCUGCCAAAAGACAAAAAACAUAA